ACGGCAGCACAGGAAGACGCCUCACUCCCUCGCCUCUCUUACUGCUGGUGCCACGGCCGAGUGACAACAUGAGGGUCCUGCUGCUGCUGCUGCUUGUCUGUCUGGCUGCGGUGAUCUGCUCCGCCAGAAUUGAGAACAACGACCGUCAAACACCGGCGCUUGUGUGUGAUACAGGCUUCGUCGAAAUAGCCAACAACUGCUACCGCUUCUACCAGCAACGCCUCUCAUGGAGCCAGGCUGGCCAGACUUGCCGGGAGGUCAACUCAGAACUUGCUUCAGUCAUCACGGAAGCCGAGUACAGCGGUAUACUUAACCAUCUCAACACAAAUUUUCCCGGGACAUACUGGACCUCUGGAAAGGUGCAGUCCGGCCGUUGGAUCUGGAGUGCUACUGGAAGUCAAAUGGCUUCCAAUUGGUGGGGCACGUCACCCUCCACUAGCCCUAACAACUGUGCCUACUUCUGCUCUAACACCCUCAAGUACUGGGCCAAGUCUUGUAACAGUCACUUGCGCUUCAUCUGCCAGAAUGAAAGGGUCUUCCAGUUUCCAGACGUCAUUGCUGAGUAGACAGACCCAUGGCUGACGCUGACGGGGAGAAGAAAGUGACAAACUCCAUCAUGACCAACACCAGUGCCGUGAACCUUGACCUACGUUACACUUAUUGAUAUAUCACUAUACUGACGUUUUAUAUCGACAACGAAAUGAGGUAAAAAUUUAAAACUUAUAGAUUAUGUGAUUUAAUGUUUUCUUACUGUAUCAACUAAUUACACUUUCGAUAUUAGAUAAUUUAUAACAUUUACCCAAGAUGCAACAGUGAUCAUUAAAGUUCUCUUAAAACAACUGA